UUUAGUACGAUUUUGAAACCUUCUGUUUGAAACUUCGUUUUACAAUCAGUUUAUAUAUAAAUACCACUGGGAUUAUUCUGUUCAUUUUUUCUGUCUGUCAGUGAUAAGCACGGUUUUGCUACCAUGUUUAAGGCAUUUCUAUUGGUGUGUCAGCUGGGUUUGGCGGCCUGUGCAAGUCUUGGCGGAUUCCGAGAUCCGAUCCUGAACAUCGUAGGUGGAUCUGAUGCUGCCCCAGGUCAAUUCCCAUGGCAACUACUGCUGCAGAGAGACGGUUCAUAUAUCUGUGGGGCAGUCCUUAUCAGUGCGGAUAGAGCUUUGACCGCUGCCCACUGCCUGGGAGAGGGUUACACCUACUCGGUGAUCGCUGGUCUGCACAACAGAAACACCCCUAACGGGAACGAAGUGACACGUACCGUCAGCACAUGGACAAUGCACCCGAGUUAUAGCGAAGGGUCUGGUUAUCCGAACGACAUCGCCAUUUUGAGACUAGAGUCACCUGUACCGAUCAAUAACUACAUCAAGGCCAUAGCGAGAGCAUCGAGCACCAGUGGGGAUUUCAGUGGCAAAACCUGUACGCUAUCUGGAUGGGGACGACUUUCUGGUAGCGGAGACGCGGCCACUGUGCUUCAGCAUGUAAGCAUGCCCGCUAUAACCAACUCGGAAUGCUCUUCAAGGUGGUUCUUCAUCCCAGGAGCAUCCAUAAACGCCGGGCACAUCUGUGUCUACCAGUCAGGAAAAUCAGCCUGUAGCGGUGACAGCGGCGGUCCAAUGGUCUGCGAAGGGCUGCUGGCGGGAAUUACGUCGUGGGGAAUGUCAACAUGUAGUGGCUCGUUGCCUAGUGUAUAUAGCCGCGUGUCCUAUUUCGAGCAAUGGUUGGAUGCUAACAUGUAGGCAAACGCCGCCUUACAUAUAUCCCAGAGAAAAAAAAGA